GAUUAAAGUUACUUGAUUGUUAAUCGUAAUUGACAUUAGUCAAAAUUUCAAUUCUUUGUGAUUCUUGUUGAUUCUCUUUAAUUGUUUUCUGUUCAUCUUCAGCUUGUUAAUUGUUAAUUGAAUCUAUUAAUUGUUUAAUCCAUUGAGGAGACAACAAGAUGGCCUUCCAAGGACCUGCUUAUGGACUGAGUCGUGAGCUUUUACUUAAGUCCCAAGCAAAAUUUGAUAUUGAAUUGGCUAAUCAGGCUCUUAAUUGGGUUCAAGCUGUAACAAAUACGUCAUUUAAUUUAAACAACAAUGAUGACAAUAAUAACAAUGAUAACUCAACAGGAAUUAAGGAUCAAUUUGAAUUUGCUGAGGCUCUCAAGGACGGUAUAGCUUUGUGCAAUUUAAUCAAUGGUUUGGCUCCCGGUUCAAUAGGAAAGGUUAAUAAGAUGAAAACUCCAUUUAAAGAGAGGGAAAACAUUGAGCUUUUCCUUAAAGCAUGUGAAGCUUAUGGUCUACGAAAUCAUGAUCUCUUUCAAGUAAAUGAUUUGUAUGAACGUAAAAACCUUUAUAUGGUUGUUAAUUGUUUACAUUCACUUGGAGGCCUGGCUCAGAAAAAGGGUUAUCAAGGACCAGUGAUUGGAAUCAAAACUUCUGAUGAAAACAAACGUGAAUUUGAUGAAGAAACAUUGAAAAAAGGCCGAGCCAUGAUUGGCCUGCAAUCGGGAUCAAAUAGCGGAGCAUCUCAGGCCAAAAUGACUCCUUAUGGAGCAUCGAGACAAAUUAUCCCUGGUUAAUCAUUGGAUCAUUCAAAUGAAAUCAAAUUGAAAAUCUUCAUGCCGUCGAUGAUUAAAUGAUAUAAUUCAUAAAUCUGUGUUUUCUUCUUGCUUUCCAAGUGUCUUUUUUUUCCAUUGGUUUCAAAUUAACUUAAUUUUCUGCUUACCCAUUGACAAUCAACCAAAAACAAUCACAAUUAAGUCUGCCCAAGCUGGAAAAAUGUUACUCUUUCAUACAUUGUUAUCGUUAGAAGAAAUAAAAUUAUUUUCUCUUUAGAGAAAUUAAAAACAAAAUUAAA